AGAACGCCUCACAUUAGCGUUGUACAAACUACCAGUUCGGUUUUAGACUUCAAUCCAUUCUCAAGAUGCCUCCAAUAAAGAGGAGAAGUACUGAGGCGACUAUGGUAAAGAAACCAAGUCUCCGACGGGACACAACAAUGACUCUGACACCAUCAGACGAGUCCACCCGACCCACUUCUGUACGAUCUGCUUCGUCUGUGAGGCGAAGCACCUCAUCGAAAUUGUCGUUAAAACCUUCAUCAUCAGUCACUUCUCUCAAACGGAAAGCGACGUUUGUAUCUGAAGGAGCCGAUGUGUGUUCCUCUGUAGUCGCUCUUGAAUCUGGCUCCAGUAUCGGGAAAACUGGGAGUUUGAUAGCAGCAUCCGUCGGGAAGGAUUACGAUAUCAUACCCCUAUCUCAUUCGCGUUCUAAAAGAAGAAGUGUAGGCUCAACAUUAGAAGCAGUGGAUGCUUUGCGCAUGUCUGUUUCAGAGCUUAAAGAACUAACGGAAACUACAUCAUCAAUGAAAAGUUCUCUGUCAAAAAGAAAGUCAUCUCUCGUUAAAGAACCAUCCUUGAGAAAAGCGUCACUCUCUAAACGGCAAUCCAGUGUCCCGGAUGUCGACCCAGGAACCGAUUCGACCACUAGUCCACCACUUCCCUCCGGGAGGUCUACUAGAGAUCGCCAUUUCUUUUGAUACCACUGGAUCUAUGUACGAUUGUCUUGAAGAAGUUCGUGGACGGAUUCAAGACAUGGUCCAGCGACUUCAGGCAGACAUUCCGGGAAUCAGAAUAGCUAUAAUCGCACAUGGCGAUUAUUUCGAUGCCGCAAACUACAUUGUAAAGUGGAUUGACUUCGGGGCAACUGUUCCAGAGCUGUGCGACUUUGUAAAAACAGUAAGCCGUACCAGCGGUGGCGACGCUGACGAAUGCUACGAACUUGUACUUCGGAGGGCUCGAGAAGUGCUGUCAUGGACACCAGGUAGCCAGCGCUCCCUAGUGGUUAUAGGCGAUUCUUCACCUCAUGAAGUUGGGUAUAGAUAUGGAGACUUCGUUAACGACAUCAACUGGCGUGUGGAGGCUCAUGAACUGUACAAAAUGGGCGUCAAGAUCUACAGCGUUGCGGUCGACACUUCUCCAUCUGCUCUCUUGUUUUAUACCGAUAUUGCAAAUAUGACGGGUGGAAAAGUUGUCUCGCUUGCUAAGUUUGGAGUUAUUUUUGACAUUCUGAUGUCUAUCUGCUACAAGGAAAGUGGAUCGGACUUGUUUGAGGCUUAUGAAGCGGAAGUGAGAGAAAGAAACAAAGAAAAAGAAAUGGAAAGUACCUGGGAUGAUAUUUUCACAACACUCAGGACAAGCGCAAAAUCAUCCGAUCCAGGACCGCCACCGUUUGGAACUGGAUUUGGAAGUGGGCCUGGACUUUUCCCAACAGCGAUGGAAACUGGUCGUGGAGGUUGGCUUGGACCUUUACCGACAUCAAUGGGAACUGCAUUUGGAAGUGGACCUGGACUUUUCCGACCACCAGUGCCGUUGGGAAUCACUGGAGGUGGAGGUGGGCCUGUACCUGGAUUCCGAACUGGUAUUGGAUUUGGACUUUCAUUAUCCAAACCAGCGAUCAAAAAAACAACCUCCAGGAAGACGAAAUCUACUAAAAAACCCAGCAAAACUACGAAAAAAGCCAAGGGUAAAAAGACAAGCGAAAUGUCACCCAAUCCAGGACUUAUUUUGCCACCAAUGGGAACUGGGAUUGGAGUUUCACCGUACGGGUUUGGUCUUGGAGGUGGGCCAGUUUCUGGAUUCGGACCUGGGAUCGGGUCUGUACUUCCAUUAUCCAAACCAACACUGGGAAAACCUACCUCCAGGAAGACGAAAUCUACUAGAAAACCCAGCAAAACUACGAAAAAAAACAAGGGUAAAAAGACAAGCGAAACCUCAUCACUUUUAGGACUUUUUUCGCCACCAUUGGGGACUGGGAGUGGAGGUGUCCCGAUGAUAGGAACACCAAUGGGAGGUACUCCAAUGGGAACAUGGUUUGGAGGUGGGCCUGGACCUUUUCCGACAUCAACGGGAACUGGAUCUUUACCGACUCCACUGGGAACUGGACCUUUACCGACACCAACGGCAACUGGAUUUGGAAGUGGGCCUGGACUUUUCCGAUCACCAAUGCCAAUGGGAACAUGGUUCGGAGGUAUUCCUGGAUCUUUACUGACAUCAAUGGGAACUGGACAUUUGGGUGGGCCUGGACCUUUACCGACAUCAACGGCAAUGGGAAUCACUGGGGUUGGAGGUGGGCCUGGAUUUGGAUUAGGAACCGAUAUUGGAUCUGGACUUUCAUUAUUCAAACCAGCGAUCAAAAAAACAACCUCCAGGAAGACGAAAUCUACUAGAAAACCCAGCAAAACUACGAAAAAAACCAAGGGUAAAAAGACAAGCGAAACCUCAUCACAUCCAGGACUUUUAUGGCCACCAUUGGGGACUGGGAGUGGAGGUGUCCCGAUGAUAGGUGGGCCUAUACCUUUUCCGUCAUCAACGGGAACUGGACCUUUACCGACUCCACUGGGAACUGGACCUUUACCGACAUCAACGGCAACUGGUCUUGGGGGUGGGCCUGGACUUUUCCCAACACCAAUGCCAAUGGGAAUCACUGGGAGUAGGGGUGGACCUGUAUUUCGAUUGGGAAAAUCAACCUUCAAGAAGACGAAAUCUGCUAGAAAAUCUGACGAAAAUGCAAAAACAAAUCAGAAAACGAAAACAAGGGCAAAGUCAGGAGGAAUAAUAAACAGGGAAACUCUUACGGAUGCAAAAUUUACAAAAGGACCACUGAAACGGCUGGUGUGGUCAAAAUGGAUGUUAGGCAUCGCCAAAACCCAGUCUGCGGCGAUCGGGCCAGACAUCAGUCUCACUCGUCGUGAAUGGUGUGACGCAUAUUGCAACAACGGGAUACUUAAGGGGGGAGAAGUUAAGGAUGUACCAGCAGUGUAUGAGUUCGCUGUACGUCUGUCUGGUAAGAAGAAAGUGUACCCUGUUUUAUACAAGGUAACAACAGGCGUACCAAAAGGCAGCAGUUGGUUUAGCUAUCUCCUCUCUCAAAAAAGGGUACGCAGCGCCAUCAAGGAAGUCGUGAAUUCUCAUGCUGACAUUAUGGUGAGAAAGGGUCAGUUUAAAAGGAAAGGAUCUGCAUUAAUUCAGAAAGUGUCUGAAUUAAUGUCCAAGAAGUACGACUACGCAUGGGUUGGACGAAAAGAAAGAAAGAUGAAAUUUCGAAAUCUCAAACGAUGUGGGGUUCGGAUUUCCAGCGAUUCGUACUAAGUAACAUCUUGUGUACGAACGAAACGGCAGCAAUACAAAAUGCAUUUGACAUUUUACAUCAAAUUUUCACGACAGUGUCACGUGUACGUUUAAUAUUCUCAUCCUUAUUUACUAAGCUAACAUUUUUGAAGACUUGCAAUGUUGUUUUUGGGGGGGGGGGGGGGGGGGGGGGGGGGGGUUUGUUUUUAAUAUUUUGAUUUUUGUUUUGUUUUGUUUUUUCAAUUUUUUAACUUUUAAACAUAUUUAUACAUUAGAAAUGACAUUAGACACACAUUCAACACAUUCGAAAAUUAUGCUACACCUAACACAAAUCAUAUCAAUGUUUUGAUAACAAGUGUUAACAACAUAUUCAUCCAUUAUCAUACUACAUCUAAUACAAAUCAUACUAAUAAUUUGAUAACGAGUAUUAACAACAACAAAAACAAAUAAAAUGGAAAUGGUAUGAU